AGCUGCUAAUUGGCAAAAGCUCGGUUUUUUCCCGGCUUGUAUAAAUAGAUUUUGAAUUACCAGACUGCUCUCAGUUGAAUUUGAGUCAGUGUCUGGAAACUGCAAAAUGAGAUCGUUUGUUUUGCUGGUUUUUGUUGUGGGCAGCUUGUUGUUUGCCGCCUCAAAUGCGCAGCAGAAUUAUGAUGGGAGAGAUGGCCCCCACCAGUUCGGAACACCUGGAAAUGGCAUCUAUAUACGGGGUCAGAACGAAGGACCCUACACGGUGCCCGGCGUGGGCGGUACGUUCCAGAAUUCGCCCUCAAGUGGACAACAUGUCUACACCGACGAACAGGGCAAUACCUACUCUCAUACCUCAACCGCAAGUGCCAAGAGUUUGGCUUCUUCACCUUUGGGCCUCAGCAUGGGCGGUGUCGUACUUUUGUUCCUGAGUUUAAUUACAAUUUAAUUGGCUAAUGAAA